AUGGGCCGUAAAAGAAAGAAUGCCGACCGCUUCCAACAGUCUAGUGAACCUCCACGGAAGAAGCGUGUUCCUACCACUCCUCUACCCGAAGGCGUCCAUCAUUACCAGUCUGUGGAAGAAGUGCCAUGGGACCUACAAAAAUACUGGCACCAGGGCUAUUCAAUCUUUUCCAAGUAUGACGAUGGAAUUUGGAUGACGGACGACGCUUGGUUCGGGGUGACGCAUGAGUCGGUUGCAAACAAAAUCGCCUCCCAUAUGGCAGCAGCAGCCCCUGAUAAAAGAUCCAUCAUCAUUGAUGCAUUUUGCGGCGUCGGUGGAAACACGAUCGCCUUUGCCCUCUCCGGCAAGUGGAAGAGAGUCUACGCCAUCGAGAAAGAUGCUGCCACUUUGGCCUGUGCCAAACACAACGCAGAAGUCUAUGGCGUAGCUGACCGCAUCACUUGGUUUCACGGUGACUGCUUCGAGAUACUGGGUGCCAGCGGCAAGACAGAGAACACUGUGGAAGCCCUGACAGCGAUUACUGGUCAAUUCGGGGUCAUCUUUGCCAGUCCACCCUGGGGAGGCCCCGGCUACCGCAAUGCGGAUGUCUUCGAUCUCGAAUCAAUGCAGCCAUACAGCUUCAGCUACCUCUACGACUCCUUCAAGAAGUUGACUCCCAAUAUAGUGCUCUAUCUGCCCAGAACAAGUGACCUGCGGCAAGUUGUUGCGAAGCUGGAAUCGGGCAAGAAGACUCAGAUUGUGCAUUACUGUACGAAUGGCACCAGCCGAGCCUUGUGUGCAUACCUAGGAGACUGGGCGUCCUUGAAGCUGUGA